GACCACCACCCAUGACAGUCCAUAACCCUCUCGUUUAUUUUGCGCCAUCUUCCUCGCCUCCUCCACAGCAAGUCCACCUCCCGACUCUACCAAAAUCCCAAACCCUAGCGCCCAGCCUCAUCAGAUCCCUCUCCACCUUCAGCCCUUGAGCGCUGUACGCACCAUGCGGAUCCGCAAGAGCGCCUCCCGCCUCCUAGGCUCUGCGUAUUCCGCCUCCGCUGCAUCGCCCGUUGAUUCGACGCCUCCGUUCAGCCCGCUUCCGCCGCCGCCGCCGCCGCCGCCGCCACACCUGGCGCCGUGCUCCGCGCCCGAAUACUGCGGAGGGCUCGGCUUCUCGAGCCCCUCUUCUUCUUCUGCGGAGCCCUGCGAGCUCAGCCGCUCGCCAUGGGACCUCAUCGCCGAGCUCUCCGUCUCCGACCCACAGGUGGAGGAUGACAUCGUAGACAAGUACUUCGUCCAUGUCGCAACGCGUUCGAGCUGGCUCUUCUCAGCCACCGUUCCAGCCGCCUCCGCCAAGAAGAAGAGUAGUAGCACGAGUGGGGAUAGCAAGCACAAGCAGCAGCUGCGCCGUGACGCUGUGAAUAAGUCUGCAACGAGUAAAGAGAAGGUUGGCGAGGCUAAUAAGAAGGCAAAGGUCAAGAAAGAGGAGGAGGGGCAGGAUGGGGAUAGGGGAGCGCGGGUCUGGCUGUGCAAGAAGAAUGACGGCAAACGGUGGCACUGCAACCGGCCAGUGAGCCAACCCAACACCCUCUGUGAGUACCAUUCUGUGCAGAAGCGCUCCUACUUGGAGGCCCCCUCUGUGGCAAAAUUGGAGGAGGCUCCGGCGCCGGCGCCAGCAGCUGCCCCCAAGUCCUCCGCACGCAACAAGCCGAGGAAGAAGAAGCCUGGCAGUGACGUGAGUGCGACUGAGGGCUUCUACUACUACGCUGGGUUCGGCCCAUUCCGGUCAACGAAGAGGCAGUGUAAAAGCGGCGGCACGAACGAACCUGCGCCUGCAAAGGAAGACGACGAGGGUAAUCAGGCAAAACAUGCUUCUCCGGGUCAGAAGGCUGAGGUCGAUGAGGGUCAUCAUGAUGACACCACCACCAACCAGACCGCCACUGCAGCCUAUGGUGAUACGUCUAGCUGCGAAGAUGACAUAGCAGGGACGAUCGCCGGCGUGGAUGAGGGGAGCAGCGACGACGACGACUUCGAUGGACUUGGUAUCUCUGGCCACAGCAUGAACGGGAAUGGCGAUCCCAAAGCUAGCAGUGGUGAUGUCAAGACGAAGAUCCCGUGGAAGCGGUGGAGGAAGCCCGUGAAGGCGCGGUCGCUCAAGUCCUUGAUGUAAGCACCUACGUUACGUUACGUAACGUAACGUACGUGCAUCAGCGACGACGUCGAAGAAAUGCUAGCUGCAGGUACGUGUGUGUACCUUUGCUUAAUUAGUCGGCCUGUUCUGGUUUUGUUGUUGUUGACCAGCUGUACAAGCUGUGUUUGACUUUUGCAUUAUGCCGUGCCUUCCGAUUCCAAUCAAUCACUCGAUGGUUACUCAGCC